GUCACGUGUCGGUACCGUAGCAUUCUUCGGAAUCGUUUGCAGGCAGUUACAACACCAUUUCAUACUAUCAGGCUGGCGGCGUCAUGGCAAAAGGCAAGAACCUGAACCCAGCGGAUGCCUAUAGAAAGGCCCAACGAAAGAAGGAACUUAAAAAGAACAAGGCAGGGAGGUCCAAAGCUCGUGACUUCGCUCUAGUCAAGAAGGACACAAGAGAUAUCCAGGAUGAAAUCGAGAAGCUUGAGGGAGUGGCAGACCCCUCUGCUACAGAGAAAUAUCGCCUCGCGGAACUCAAGGCAGACCUAAAUAAAAUCAUGGCUAAGAAAGAAGAAUACGUCCAAGAGCAUCCUGAACAACGCAAACUUGUCUAUCGAGCUCGUAGAGAGAAGGAUGAAGCCAACAAAGAGGAACCAGUUGUCGAGCAGAAGCGGAAUGUUUUCAACAAGCACGGUCUGCCUCGGCAUCCUGAACGAAGCAUCUACUAUGAUGCUGUCAUGAAUCCCUAUGGUGUACCCCCUCCAGGAAUGCCUUACAUGGAGAGACCUCUGAGGCCUGACGAGAUAGCCAGUGAUGACGAGGUCGACGCGGAUGAUGACGUCGUUAUGCCUGAAGGUCCCCCUCCAACCGGUAGCAACGAUGACAUUAUUGACAGCGAUGAUGACAUUCCGAUGCCGGAAGGGCCUCCACCAAGCAAUCUUCAACCACCACUGCCGCCAAGCAGUCCCUUUAGCGGCGCUCCGUUUCCACCUCCACCUCCACCACUUCCUCCAUCUGUUAAUUCUGUUCAGGGUCCCCCGCCUUUUCCGCCGUCUUAUCCAUACCCACCCUCAGGGUCUGGACAUGCUUCUCCUCCCGGCUUCCCGCUCAGUAUCUCACCAUAUCCCCCUGCGUCCGCGUUCAUGCAACCCCAUAUGCCCCCCCCGCCUCCUGGGUUUUUCCCUCGUGUACAGUCAGCUUCGUCUAUGCAAGAUCCACUUUCUUCCAUCCCCCAUCAAACGUACCAAGCACAUCGUGUCAACCGCCUGACGCCCCAUCCAUCACUUCCGCUCAAACCUUCGUCAGUCCCUGGGGCUUCUCCCGUAGGGAUUGCUAGUAAUAAUACAACUGCAGCUACGGUUUCAGCCGAACCGCAGUUACGAGACUUGAAGAAGGAGGCUACGGCGUUCGUUCCGACAUCCCUGAAGCGGAGAAAACCUGCUGCUGGGAUGGUAUCAUCCAAGGUCAACGCAGCUCCUUCUCUUGGCGGAGGGUCAGAAUCUUCAGAACCAGCACCUGCUUCGCGACCAGAUCUUGUGAGCUCAUUGAUGGAUAAAUUCGGACCGGUACCUGUGAUCCCAACAGCCCCGCCGAAUGACAAAGGUUCUGCGAGGGGCAUGCAGUCCAAUACUGGGAAGAAGGAUGAUUAUCAGAAAUUUGUGGCGGAAAUGGGUGACAUUUUAGGUACAUAGUUCGAAGUCAUGAGGCAUUCAGCCGCUUGCACGCUGUGAUGUCAUUAAUGUAAACUCGGAAGUGACAAUGCAGUUUGCUCUGUCGGGCAAGAUUGUUUCCUCCAUCUUCCUCUUGGAAAAGUUUACAGACAACGAUACAAAGAUGGG